AUGCCUGCACCCGAAGCGCCCUCUAAUCCGGCGCCUGACCACCGACCUGUUGCAUCUGGGAGUUCUCACCGACCCGUGGCGAUGAACCAAAUUGGGAGCAACUCAUAUGAUCAUGGGCCUUCCACAUCAGAUGUUGAGCUUUUUGAUUCACUUAGCGCGACGGAUCGCACCAUUUUUGCUAAGCAAGAAGAUCUUGCCGAGUUCCACAAGGCGAUCCGGUUGAUUCACGCUGAAGCUCCAUUGGACGAAUCAACCGCUACAUUCAACAAUUACAACGACGUAGCCCUUCACGACAUACGGGUCGAAGCGGCUAGGUUUUUGUCACGUCUCUGUGCCUUUAAUCACACUAACAAGCCGGCCAAACAGCGCCGGCAUGGAUAG